AUGUGUUCAACAACAAUCGAGGCCACAACAUCAGUUCAAAAUAACACAGUCCUGAUGAAGAAAUCACCAAUAACAAGCUCAGCACGACAGUUCAAUGAACAGCAGACAGACCCAACAGCAUCGUUAGCUGAUAUUAUUCAAAAAGCAAUAAAAGAUUCUCAAGCAAUAAUUUUGAAUAAAAUGAAUGAAUUAAAGCUCAAAUGUGUGAUCGGUAGCAAUGAACAGCUUAAUAUGAAAAAACAGCUUGAACAAAACAUUGUUCCGCAGAUGAAUGGGCUGACUGGUCGAAUCUCUUCUCUCUGCAGUAAACUGGGACAAACUGGCAUCAUUAAAGUGGAUGAGGAACAAAAAUCAUUAUCUCAGGUGGCACAACUUGAACAUCUUUAUCAAAUUCAACAAAAACGAGUUCACUCGCAACCAAAUGAGGAAGAUAGAAACAUGCACACGAUUUCAAACUAUGCAUUAUAG